AUGGGCAUUGUUUUCUCAAGAUGGAGGGUUAGUGUUUGAGUUUUGCCUUCUGGGCUGUUGCCGCGUUUAACUGAGCUGUUGAGAAACAUUCGAUUGAUGCUAAGUGGUAAAAGUACAACCACUACCUCGAUCGCACCCGUAUGAUCGCAGCUUUCAUUACAAAAGCUUAUUAAAUCACGGUAAACGUCUUAUUGUUUUAUAGAAAAAAGAGUCAUUAGGGGAAGUUUUAGAGGUCCUAGAGAAGGUGAGAAUUUUUAUUAUUAGAGGUAGAGGUUUUAUGCAGUUGGAAAUAUGUUGAUUUGCUACGUUUAUUUUGGUAGAUCUCGCACUUGUGCAAGUUUAACCAACCUUAGCUUGAAUAUUUCUUGCUUCCUGGUUUUUCUUUGUUGUAUGAACGGAGUUAAAUCAGUGCUGUAGAAGCCAUUUUUCUAAGCAUUAUGAUGCCUUGUUGGAUAAUUUUCACAAAGGUUAAAUGUGCUCCCAUAGCCAGAAUAAUAAUUACCAAAAUUUUUAAUCAAUGAGGAAGCUAAAUUAUUUUACAAUCAACGGCACAAGUCUGUAGUAGUUGAAGCUGAGGUUUGACUUUUCAGUUAAAGUGCUCUUAGAUACAUAUACAUAACACCAGUACUAAGAAUGGGCUUGUCGAAAAUUACCCGUUUAUUUUGCCAGACAAAAAAUAAUUGUUAUAAAAAGAAUUAAAUUAUUAAUAACUUACGCCAAAUUUUAUGAGCAACUAUUGGUCACAAAAUCGAUGUUGUCAGAGGUCUAUACGACUUUUAACUGUGGUCUUGUAAUAUUCUGAAUUAAGUUUCACUGAUCGCCUGGUCAUAUUGAUGCAUGAGCUUACUUAUUUUGAAAUUCACAAAGUACACAAAUUUCAUUUUGAAGAAAAAAACAGUAAUGUUCUUUGAAAAUGUCAAAAUGCCAAUGAAUAUGAUUGCAAAGCAGAGGUGUACAGUUGUAGAUUUUCCAAAUCAUUUUAAACUGUGUUUUCUAUGUAGUAACUCCUUUUAGUUUGUCACAGGUAGAGCAAUUCAUUACUACUUAAAUAAAAAUGUUUUGGAAAUAAUACAUUUUUUUUGUAUAUGAUUAUUGAAAGUGAAAUAUUUUAAAGCUCUUCUGUGCUGCUAGUGAGGAAAUGAAUAUUCAGGAAGGUAAAAAUUAAGAAGAGCAAAAAGUCAUUUGCCUCCCGAUGUCUGUUGCCAACAAAUUUUCAUCAAGGGCUAGUUUGCAAUAAUUACGCUUGAAUAUUAUUACAUAUAUAGAGGAGGAGAGUGCUAUUUUGAGAGUGAUAUUUCUUCAGUAAGCAAUACAGGUGACUUAGAAAAAGGAAUCAAACCUAUGACCUUCUUGUUGCAAGUCCAGAUGCUGUGCCAUUGUGUUAACUCAUGGCAGUUAACUUGCCAGGCUCUGUGUGUACAUCGUCUUUCCAGACGUUUGUGGUCAGUGUUUUUUGUUUACGUAUCCAAGAUGAAGAGCUGCAAGACAAGGAACAAGAAAAAAAAUCAAAAACUCGCAUGGAGCAUGUCACCAGAACUGCAUAGGCUACUUGGAAUAAUGUUGCCUAGGGGCCAGGCAUCGAGGCUCUCCGUGAGGAAGUCGAACUCAGCAACAUGCAUACUGCUUAUGUUAUUCACAUUGCCAACACAUUUAGUCUAAUCUCGGCAAGAAACAACUGCAAGUGAAAAUUCCAAUAGCGUUUCUCUUCAGUCAACUUCGUUUUAAUAAUGUUACUUCAGAUGCUUUUUUCCAUGGCGGCCAUCUUGUUAUGCCAUUAAGAGAUACUCAGUGUAAAACUAACGAAUCGUCUUAAAGCCACAGUUUUUCUAGCUCUCAUUGCCCCCUCCAAUGCCUUUCUAUGAAUAUUUUUUUAUUGUUUUCUAUUAAAGAACGAGAAAAGAAAUGUCCUAGAGUUUCGGAAUCUUAGUUCAGUCGUCUCCUGUCUUGUCGAAGCUUUCUUUAAGUAACCGAGGAAUUAAGAGAUGAGAUAGGUUCUCUAUGUUGUGGCAGCUCUUGUGUGUUAUUUUUAUGAUUUUCCAAAGUCUUGGAAAGCAAGAGCAGUUCGUUCAAUUCCACUUCUUGUGUUUCCUGUUGUGUAAGUAGACUAUAUUCUUAAGAUUAAACACACUUUCAUCAGGGGUUUGAUUCUGUAUAGUGUACACGUAAUUUCAGAUCCUGAGGGAAGCAUUUAGUUUUGUUUUCCCGAGAGUCCUGAUGUUUCCCUCGACUUCGUCUUGGGAAAACAGGACUCUCGGGAAAACAAAACUAACUAGUUUCCCGAGGGACCUGACAUGAAGUGUUUUGUUAUAUUUCUAGACUUUCACUUCAACUUCAACCAAAGAAUAAUGUUUACCGGAGCGAACCAAAACAGAUGACUCGGUUAACUUAUAACAACACAAAUUUAAUUCUCUAAACCACUGAAUAAAUUAUUUAGAAAGGACUUUCCUUAUAUUAUCUGUAUCUUUUUUCCUCCACUAGCUGCUGUUUUUCGUCUGGGAACUUCUGGGAUAACUGGAAAAAUUCGUGUUUGCGUUGUUGUGUUCAUUCACGAAAAAAAAAACUGGCAGGACCUGGCAGUAUUUUUCCCGCCUUCUGUCACGCCACUUUCCACCCUUAGCCUUAUCCUUAGCCCGAGCGGGGUACAUUGCUUAAUGUAUCACAGUCGCGAUACACCCAAAACGUUACUUAACAUUCGGCUAUACCAAGCCCUUCAUUUGAUUUUAGUCAAGGCUAUGUGACCAAGAAUCAACCAAUGGCAGUCCCUGUUUAGUUGAGUGAAAGUCUAGCAAUAUAAGAAUAAUUGUUAUAAUAGUAUUAUUAUCCUAUUCACCCUGGAAAUUUUUGUGGUAACUAUCUGACCAAAAAGUAGCAAAACUACCCAAAAUGGGCUUAACAGAAAAGGACUAGACUGGCUUUUGCUCUGGUCCAGAAUUACAGCUUUCUAAGUUCUCACUUGCACAAAAGGCAAAAUUUCAAGAAAGUUGAUGGACAAAAAUUUUCUCUCCCCCCCCCCACUUCUACCUUUUGCUUUUUUUCCUCUCGACCUGUUUCGCUUUUGUUCCCUGUGUUUCUUUUAAAGGGCAUCAUUAGGCUCAAUUUGGGGGACAGCCUUUGCAAAACCGCCAAAAAUUUAUGAAUUUUAAUUCAAGAAAGCUUUGGUGCAUAGUUAAAGAAGAUUUUUAUUGGAAUUUGUUUGUUCUUCUCUGAGAUAUUGCACUUGUUUGAGUAUGGUUUGAAUGGUCUAUAAUUCCCCUUCACAAGUUAGGUGUCAAAUUUGUCUGUUGUCCAUAAUUCAGGGCUUGAAAAAAGUCCCAUCUGGUCCAGGACAAGUAGAUUGUUGUUGUAGUUAAUUUUUAUCUCAGGUAAUUUUUCUCUCUCUUUUGUGUUUGGGUAUGUUAACUGAUGCAUGCUAAUGGUGUUGAAACAAAAGAAAAGUAAAAUUUACCUGAGAUAAAAAAUUAAUUACAACAUUGUCUUGCUGGGAAAGUAACUAUUAAAGCUCACUUGCCCAAUGGGUAAGGGUAUAGGCAAGUCAUCCUCUAACAAAAUCAUUAACUAAGAGGAGCAAGAAAUGGCCACUGCCAAGCAGAAUGUGAGAACUGCUUGCUCACAGGACACACUGGAAUGCAUGUUUUUUUUUUCAAGCCCUGCCAUAUGAGGGUUGAAAAUGUUGAUGUCAUUAGUGGCAAAAGUGCCUUGGUUCAAUAUGGGUAGGCAGCGGUUGAAGUGUAAAUUUUGUAGUUCGGUUUUGCUCAUGGUACAAAUUGUUUGUGGACCAGUGCAAUUAUUUUUAAGUACCAGUUUAAUUUUUGUUAACCAGGUUCCAAUCAACUGUCUGAAAAAAACAGGAAAAGUACAACAAUGAAAUGGUAACCCAAAGCCAAAAAAAAAACAAACCUAGAAAUUUAAAGUUGGAGAAAUUGACUCUCUAAAAAUUGAUCGUGUCGACAAGAUAUCACCUAUGCGUUCAAUCCUUCUGUUUCAAGAAGUAAAAAAGUCAUUACUGUGGGCUAAUACUAAUGUUGUUUGUUUGACUGAGAGGAAAAGCAUUGGGUACCAAACGUUAAUUGAAAGCUAACCAUUAACCUUUAUCUGUAAAAUGAGUGCUUAACGCUUAUCAGUGAAAUGAGUGCGUAACCCUAAUUAGUAAAAUGAAUGCUUAACCCCAAACCCUAACCCUAAAUAUCUGUAAACUAAGACUAUUUCUUAAAACAGAUAUACUGAGACCAGUUUAAUAAAUUUUGUACUGGAUCAAUAAUUUUGUACCAGUUUAAAAAUAAUUGUACCAGUACAAAGGCAAUUUGUACCCUGUGAAAAAUUGAACUACAACACAAAUACAGUAAAUGAUAACAAUAAUUUAUUUUCUCCUUUGCAGGGUGUAUUUGUUAAAAAGAGUUCUUCAUUAUGUCUUUGUGAGCAGAAUGAGUAAGAAUGGUUAGUAACUUUCUUGUUACUUCUUGUUGUUUCUUUAGAUGUGAUUUCUCAAAUCACAUCUAAAAGUCAUGUAUGUAGUAUCCAAGAAAUUAAUCUAUCCAGAAAGAAAACUUAAGCUUACCAGUUUGAAUCACUCAGUGACCAGUUGCCUCUGGAAGUAAGACUACUAGAUGUAUGAGUGAAAUUUGUUGGUGAGGGGUCUAACUGAAAGCUUCAUUUCAUCAACAAGAAAAUCCAGUGUAUAAAAGUUUAAAACCUUUCAUUAAUAUUGUCAUGUAUCCAAAUGAAACAUGAAAAUAUUGCCACAAUCUUUGCCUCGUCUUCAGCCAUUAUUGUCCCAAUUAAAAAAGUUUUCCUUUAGAGACCUUUUAGCAGCUUUAAAAAGGGCCCUCUGUUUGGGUAUAUUAGUAUGUGUAAUCAAAUGGUGACAAGUGAAAUUAGGAAUAAUGUCACAUGUGUUUUGUCCAAAUCGUAAUAAUUUCCCGGACCUUUAGGCGAGGGAAAUUAUUAGGAUUUGGACAAAACGCAAGUGAAAUUAUUCCCUAAUUUCACGAGUAUAUCAUUUGAUUACCUAUUAAUAUCAUGGGUGAGGAAUUACGUUAGCAAUCUUGGAUUUUUACAUGUUUAUCCUGGAUCGUAUCGAUCUAGAACUCUACUCUCUCAAAUUUUUAGACCUUAAAUUUGAAUUAUAAAGUUCAGAAUUUUUCAGACUUUUUAGGCAAAAUACCUGUUUAGAAUCCUUCUUGAUGUUCUCUUGUGUGUUCAGGUUUUCUAAAGCAUCUUCAUUCAUGGCGUUUUAAAACUUUGAGCGGUAGAACUGUGACUCUGCAUGCCUUCCCAACGGUACCGUUAAAACAUUAAAGUGUACACUUUAAUGUUUAAUUGCGACUUUAAAGCGCGGUUUUAAUUCCUCAUUAACAUCACCUAUGAUAUUAUAAUAGUAUUUUUUGUCUCCUACAGCUAGAAGGCUGGAAGAGUUAAAAGACAAGAAAAGACAAGUCGUAAGUAUACAGUCAAGAGUAAUGUUGAUUAAAGGACAGAAACCAUUGCCAGCUUAAAAAUGUUUAAAUUUUAGCUGACUUUCCCAAUUUAUCUGAAAACUGCCUGCAUUUUUGACUUUGAAAAACCUUAAUUUCUGUCAAAUAAUUUUGCCUGGUCUUGAAAGUAUCACUUGUGCUCUUUUGAUCGCUGAAACUGUCAAGUUACCGUCCAGUUUUUAAAUACUUUUACUUUCAUUUAUUAACUGUGUCAAAACCUUUUUUGUUCCCUUUUGGACCAAAGCAAUAAAUAUUCUAAAAACAUCAGUCUGAGUACUUUUAAACCAGCUUGGGCGAAGUGAAAGAAACUUUCACACAGUUUUUCUCUCCUUGGUUAACCAUGUCCACACUGUCAAAUACAUCAAAGUGUGUUUAGAAGUUUUACAAAGACACUGAUGUGUCAACAUUGUAUCUGAAGAGUCGUCAUCUCACCAAGGUGUUAUUUAUUUAUUGUUUUUUAAAUUGAUUUCCAUUUUACUGCAUAAUAUUAGACAGAGGUUCUUCUUUUAAUUUCGUAACAAUCAAUAACACAUUAAGAUAACUCUUUGUUCUUCAGCUUGAAGAAGUAAUGGAGAAAGAAACCUACAAAGCUGCAAAGGAUCUCCUUGAUAAAUAUGACCCUAACUCGGAAAUAGUCAAGGUACAAUAGUAACAUAACUAUAGUAGUUCCCCCUUUGAGUAAAGAGGGAGGAUAUUUUAUUGUGUUAACUUAAGCAAACAUUCUGUGCGCUGAUUUUGAUCUUGCCAACCCAAUCAGUUCUAUAUGUAUUCUUUCUAAGGGCUUUUUGAGUUUAAGAAAUUUAUCCAAGAAGCUGUGUUGAGUGAUUCCUUGUUUUGAAAGUACUAAACCUGAAGAAACACCGAAUCCACCAUAACCUUUUUCUCUGUAAUUUUUAUAUUCAAAGUAAAAAUGUUGGAAUCAAAACCCACAGUGAUGCACUCUGCAUCCUAUGCGUGAAUAAGAAAACUUUGAAAAUCAUUUUUACAUUAAAUGGAAGGUAUAAGUUAUAUAUUGUAGUUGAUUUUAUCUUUGGUUUUUUAUUUUUCUUUGUUCCAAGUUCAUUAUCCAACAUUAAGAGACCAUACCCCAGAACUAAAAUUUGAACCAAGGAUAAAAUAUUUGAACUUAUAACGUACAGUUGAAACUCUCCAUAAUGGCCACCUUGGGGACAGAAGAAAGUGGCUAUUGUAGAGAGGUUUAAACAAAAGUCAAUCUAUGAACCGUUGGCCAAAAAAAGUGGCCGUUGUGGAAAGGUGGCCAUUAGUAAGUUGAAGUUCGACUGUAUAAGUAUUACAUAAUAUAACAUUUAUAACCAUUGACUCAUUAGGUGGAGAAGAAAGAGAUGACACCCUUGUCUCCAAUGCCAGCUGGAGCAAGAAGCCCAAUGGGCACAAUUGGAACAGGUUAGAGAUGGACCUGUGAAAUAAAAUUUAUAUAUGGUAUUCUCCUUAUACUGGUAUAUAUUUAGUUUUUAGAUUUAGCAUCGUGUUUACGACAAUGGCAAACAUCAAUUUGUACCAUCCGAUGUGACCAAGUUUUCCCUUGACUUGCUCAUUAUCUCUUCAAAUUAAUUAAUUAGCUCUGGAAUUUGCCUAGUGUUAUAUUAUUAAUAGUGGCCAUGCUUUUGUUAGUAAAAUACUAUUUCCCUGUCUAUAAAUUACAGCUUUAAAUAAUGAGAAAAAAAAUUGCCUUUUAUAAGAUACUAUUACUAUACUACUUUUUUGUUUUGUUUUUGUUUUUGUUUUUCAAUUCCUUAUUAUGUAAUUAUGUACCUCUUUUUUACUUUAACAGUGUGAUUUAAAUAAAAAAAAGAGACUAUGAACUAACCUCUUCAACAACUGCACUUAACAUAAAACAGGAUGCUUGAAUCAAAAGCUAAUGAGAAAAACUGAGUAAAUGUUAGCCACCUGCACUUCCUGUGUGACUGAAAGUGAUACUAAUACAGUAAAACCCUGCUCACGGACACCUACUUAAAACAGACACCUGUAGAUAAUGUUAAUAUUAUUUUGCUUAAUACAGAUUCCAGCUAAUAUGGACAAUGCACACUUUCCUUAGUUUUGAGUCACAAACUCCCAUAUUGUCAACCUCGCUUUACGGACACAGCUUUUUUAUGCAAUGUCCAUGACUGACAUGACUGAAUAUCUUACCUGUGAAAACCUAACAAGAAUAACAAAUGACCUUCCAAAGGAUCUUCUUCCUUUAUUAAGUCCACUCACAAACUAAAUGUGUGAGCACAAAGUUAAGUCACGAUUCCGUUCUUGUGUCUAAAAUAAAGAUAACUAAAAAGGUAAUGUUAAUUUAUGACUAUGACAAAUGAUGAUCGCCUGGCCGAGCGGUUAGAACACUAGACUUGUAAUUCGGAGACCCCAAGUUCAAGUCCUGCCCUGGCCACUAGCUCAAUUUGUUCCCAGUAGUCCCAAGUUCAAAUCCUCAGCCACACUUGUAAAAUAGCUCACUUGUUCGCUUCCUACCAGUUUUGUUGCAUUAUCGCUGAAAAGCACCAUAAGGGGAGAGGAUAAUUAUUAUCAUAAGAUGUCUUUAGGAUUGACUUGCUCAAGACCCAGUCACAAAAUAAUUAAACAAAGUUUUCUGGUGAAAAUAUCUUUAUAUAAAUAACACAUGUGUCCGUGAGGUUUUCUCUGACAGUCCUCUUCAGGUGGACAUCCACUUAAUGCAGAAAUUAUGGCAUGUCCCUUUGGUGACUGGAUUAACUGGGUUUCACUGUACUGAUAUUUGCAGAGUUAAGGCAGAGAAAUGCUGCGCCUAAAGUUGAGGGUCCUGGUGGGGCUCCAUUGCAACGCACUAUCUCUGAGCCUACACUGGCAGAGGCUGUCACCUCACAGCUCAACCAAUCAGGGACCUCCAAUCAGUUAAAAGAACCUUUGGAAGCACGAAAAUCCAACAGCCUUAUGAAUAUAUCUUCUCCAUCUUCAGGUAGUUUUUGUUCAUUAAUUUUGUAGAACCACUUGACACAGUGAAAUGUUAUUGGCAUCGAAAGUGACCAUACCGUUGUGGAUAACAUUAAUUCAGACAUAGCAAAUCUAGUUUCAGGAAAGACGUAUGGUCAUGGAAAAUGAGGAUUAAUUUAUCGCCAAGGCUAUCCCUAAUGGCUUGGGAGCUAGGGAUUUUCCCUGGCUAUUACAAGCAUGACCCCCCGGCUACUUUCAUAGGGGAGUCCUUCUUUAUGGAGAAAGUUGUCCGUAAUAGAAUGUUAUUGUUUGUUGUUUUUUAUCAUUUGAUAAGAUGCGUCUUUUCUUCAGGUGCCUUAUCUCCAAUGUCACAGGGUGUGGUACGCCCUCCUGGCUCCCCUGUGCCAAUACCUAAACCAGCAAAACCAAUCUUGCCACGAGAAAGAACUGCAAUGGAUAAGGUNACCUCCAAUCAGUUAAAAGAACCUUUGGAAGCACGAAAAUCCAACAGCCUUAUGAAUAUAUCUUCUCCAUCUUCAGGUAGUUUUUGUUCAUUAAUUUUGUAGAACCACUUGACACAGUGAAAUGUUAUUGGCAUCGAAAGUGACCAUACCGUUGUGGAUAACAUUAAUUCAGACAUAGCAAAUCUAGUUUCAGGAAAGACGUAUGGUCAUGGAAAAUGAGGAUUAAUUUAUCGCCAAGGCUAUCCCUAAUGGCUUGGGAGCUAGGGAUUUUCCCUGGCUAUUACAAGCAUGACCCCCCGGCUACUUUCAUAGGGGAGUCCUUCUUUAUGGAGAAAGUUGUCUGUAAUAGAAUGUUAUUGUUUGUUGUUUUUUAUCAUUUGAUAAGAUGCGUCUUUUCUUCAGGUGCCUUAUCUCCAAUGUCACAGGGUGUGGUACGCCCUCCUGGCUCCCCUGUGCCAAUACCUAAACCAGCAAAACCAAUCUUGCCACGAGAAAGAACUGCAAUGGAUAAGGUCUGUUUCUUGUUAUUUGCUUUGUUUUCUUGUGGUUGUUAAAUUCAUCUGUGUGGUCAGUUUUCACCACUUCACUUGAGUUGACUGUGUUCUAAAUUCAUGUAUCAUGCAAGGAAAAUUUUCAUUUAGCAUAUUUUUGAAUGACUUGAGCAGGCGCACAUACUUUAUAAAAAAUGUUUAUCUCUCACAUGGUUCUACCCUGCGAACAGAGGUUUCUCUCUUGCAUGGCUUUUAGUGUUUAUGAAGUUGUUGGCAUGGCUUGUCUGUUGCAUGGUCAGUUUUUUAAUGCCCCGUGGGAAAUGUAAACAAACUAACCACGCAACAGACAAGCCAUGCCAAUGACUUUGUAAACGCUAAAAUCCAUGCAAAAGAUAAACCUCUGUUUGCAGGGUAACAUGGUUCCAGACUCUGGGAAAGAACACUAAUGUACUGCAAACUCAUGUGUAAGAGAAAAAGGAAGCCUUGAUACAGCUUAGUGGGGAAGAAAGUGUUUUGGCCAAUAGGCUAUUUCUGCAAAUGUAGAGGAAACUGGACCUAGUUAACUUUCGCAAAGACUUCCGGACUGUUACAGGGGACAGGGAAAACAAAAUACCAAUAGCUGACUGAUGCAUCCCCAGUAACAAUCCAAGAAGUAUUUAUGUAUGUUAAACCGACCCAGUUUACUCCUCGAUUUUAGCCCUUCAAGCUCCAGAUAUCCACAUACAAAUUCUCCAGACUUAUCUCCACACAUCUUCUUUAGAAUGUUGAGAGAAUUUGUAAAAAGAUCAAAGAAUUAUCCUUUUGGUAGUCAUUUUCUAAAUUUUCAUACACUUUUUCUUAUAUGAUGUAUAAACACUGUUAGGAGAAAAUUGAUGUUGAUCACUCUUGGGACUGAAAGGGUUAAAGUGGCAAAUUAAAAAUAAUUUUCAUAUCAAUAGUUUUGCGAUAAGUGUCGCUUUAGAACAGAGGCUUAGAGCAACUUGGAAAUGGCCCAUACAGAUUGACACAAUAAAGCAUAAAGACAUUUCAGGGGCAUGCAACGACGCUCAAAUGCUUUGAAAACACUUUUAGGCUAUCCAGAGUGAUAAUAUUAUUUUAGACCUCAAGAAAUGCAUUUUAAGCAGUGUGCAUACAUUUUGAUCCAGUCAGCGGUCAGCAAUGAUGAUGGCCAUGUCUUUUAAAGCUCCAUUGUUUUGUGUGCAUGUGUGUUUUAAUGUAUAACUAAGCUAUAUAAUAGAGAAUUUAAAUAAUUAGAACAAUAUCCCGAUAUUAAUCAAAUUGAUAUGACACGGGAAGAGGUAAGAAUUAAAGAAAAGAUUGGAAUACAUGUACAUCAAAAACAGAUCUGUGGAACAUAAUUAAAAAUAACAUGCACUGAUGUAUUUUUUUUGUAAAUAACCAUACAAAAUCCAAAUUUUAAGUGGCGCUAUAAAAUUUGUAUCUGUUUGGUCAUCCCAGGGGAACUUGAGUCUUUUUGAAAUUACAAGGGCUUCAGAUUUAUUUUCCGGAAAAUUUUAGGUGCAAUUUAGCGCAUCGUGAAAGUGAAAUUUUUUUUGAUUCCUCUCUCCAUCACAUUAUUUUUUUAAAUCCGAAAAUUUUAGGUUUCCUUUUUUCUACAAAAAAUAGCCCAGCCUGGGGUGUGGAAUGUGAAAAAAUUAAACUUCAGAAAAUUUUAGGGAAUUUAUUAGAUACGCAUCAAAAAUUGUACAUGAAGGGAACGGUCAUCUAGAAAUUUUUUGCUGUUGUCCAGUAAUAGAAAAUUCUAGGCAAUAUUUGCUUCUCCCAACAGAUCUUUUACAGAAAACAGUUGUGGGGUGCCCCUGACAUUAAUUUUAUUGAAACGUACUUUGAUUCCUCAUGUAUGCAUGAUCUCACUCUUGUCUGCCAUAUUUGAACUUACACGGUUGCAAGCAUCUAUCAUGGCAUUAACUUGGAGUAAUGUUUUUACAGGUGAUAGAGUACCUGGUUGGUGAUGGACCAAACAAUAGAUAUGCCCUGAUUUGUAAACAGUGCUGUUCGCACAAUGGAAUGGCACUAAAGGACGAAUUUGAAUUUACAGGUACAUUGAUGAGCAUACUAAGUAAUUUGAUGUCCAAAUCAAACUUUAGAAUGUUCAAGUGCUUAAAUCAGGAGAUAGGGAUUAACUCUGAAAUAAGGAUGCUUAACCCACUAAAGAACUUGAUCACACAUUUAUAGCAGAAUUGAGAAAGGGCGUGCUUUAUACAGUGCAAUAAAAUCAUGUAUCCUGUAACACAAAUGACAAGAUUUCAGAGAAGUUGAAUGAUAUUUUUAAUAGAAGUUGCCUCCUGAAGUCUGUAUUCUUCUUUCCCAUCUAUCAUGUUUCAGAACAGAAUCUUAUGUACAGUCAACUCCCUUUAUAGCGGACACUGUAGUGUCCUCAUUAGCGAGUGUCCGUAAUAGCAGGAGUUUAUUUCAGUCAAACAUCUGUAAUUUGUUUGUGCUGGGGAUUUAGCUGCUGUCCGUAUUAUCGGGGUGUCCGUUAUAGCAGGGUGUCCACAAGGCAAGAGUUGACGGUAGUUAGCAACUGCAUCGCAAAGUGGAAGUUGCGGGCCUGAGAUAUCCAGGAGCUUUCACUGUUGGCAACCAGCUCCUAGAAAGAAGAGACUGUUCCCAUGGUUGGCAAAUCCUUGCAACCCAGCCAUGAGCCCCCACGUGAAAGGGAGAAAGCAGGCUCCCAGCACACCCUUGAGCAAGUCAGCGCAAAUAGGAAAGGGAGGAGGAAAACCACUGUAAACUGAGUCCCCACGAAUGUGAGACUCCAAGGAAGAAUGGAUGCAUAGGUGGCAGAGCAGGGGGGCCAAAAACAUUUUUAGGGGGGAAACUCCCCAUGUUUUGGAUAUAUUUGACUUUACCAGUGACAUCGGUGAUUAGAGCGCACAUUUUCUGCCCUCAGACAACUCAAGAACUACCUAAGAAGCACCAUGAUGCAAGAAUGCCUGAACAACUGACUACUAAUGCAUUGUCACAAAUCGAUUACAGACACACCAGACACUAUGAAGAUUGCAAAGAGGUUUGCUUGUGCCAACAAACAAUGCAAAUGGCAUUUUGGAAAGUUUGUGUAAGGGUAUGCACAUGACUGAGUGGAAGAUAAGCCUCCUCCCUUUCAAAAUGUUCCGCUGUCUCUGGAAUGAAUGCUCACUAAAAACUGCCCAAACAUGCUAAAAUGCCAGAAUGCUAAAAAUAAUCACAAGCAAGAAGAAAAACGCUCUGGAAACUGCUAAAAAAUGGCCAGACAAAAGGCCAGAAAUCUCAAAAAUGCACCAGAACAUGCUACAAUGUACACAACUGCAAGAACAUGUGGGAUACUGGUGCAUGUGUAUCAGUAUCUUGCAACACCACUGGCCACCAAGAUUAGUGCUCCUUGUUAACUCUGUUAGAUCGCAUUUAACUGAAUUAAAAGAGUUACCAAUAACAAAUGUAAGUAGAUGUAAAGGUAGAUAUUCUACAAUAUCAUUACAAGACACUUCUCAGUAUCUUGCAUUGUUUCAUCUAUGAAGUGCUUUUUAUUAUAUAAACACCAAUGAAAUACCAGGUGAUUUUUCGUGCGAAAACGUGAUAUCUUCACAUGUGAAAAUAACAUGUUAUUUUCACAUGUGAAAAUAUCACCGUUGCUAUGGCUACGUAAUAAAUCUCGCCUUUCGCAGGAAAAGACUGUUUCAUUGAAAUGGUUUGGUAUUUCAUUGGUGUUUAUAUAAUAAAUAGAACAUUAUAUGGCCGCUUGGAGAUAUGAAAUUUCUCUUCUCAUGUUGAAAAUAUUUCACUCGUUUGCUGCGCUCACUCGUGAAAUAUUUNCCACCAAGAUUAGUGCUCCUUGUUAACUCUGUUAGAUCGCAUUUAACUGAAUUAAAAGAGUUACCAAUAACAAAUGUAAGUAGAUGUAAAGGUAGAUAUUCUACAAUAUCAUUACAAGACACUUCUCAGUAUCUUGCAUUGUUUCAUCUAUGAAGUGCUUUUUAUUAUAUAAACACCAAUGAAAUACCAGGUGAUUUUUCGUGCGAAAACGUGAUAUCUUCACAUGUGAAAAUAACAUGUUAUUUUCACAUGUGAAAAUAUCACCGUUGCUAUGGCUACGUAAUAAAUCUCGCCUUUCGCAGGAAAAGACUGUUUCAUUGAAAUGGUUUGGUAUUUCAUUGGUGUUUAUAUAAUAAAUAGAACAUUAUAUGGCCGCUUGGAGAUAUGAAAUUUCUCUUCUCAUGUUGAAAAUAUUUCACUCGUUUGCUGCGCUCACUCGUGAAAUAUUUUUCAACACUCGAAGAGAAAUUUCGUAUCUCCACAUGACCAUGUAAUAUCCUCUAUAUCUCUUUUAGCAUUUAGAUGCUGCUACUGUUAUCAUUUAAACCCUGCAAGAAAGCAGCGCCCUACUGCUCCAAAGCUGGACUAUGACACCUGGACACCUCCCAGACAAGUCUCUGGGGUAGGGGCGGGGGCAGGGGUGCGUCAUCGAAAGCCAACCAACUCUGUACAGGCCAUGUUGGAAAAGAAUGGUGAGCAUGUCACACAUAAUACAAUACAGUACAAUUCAAUAAGUUUAUUAACGUGCCCCAAAUUGGGAUUUUUGAUGUUAGUUUACAAUCACCAGAAGAAAACUUAAUUGCAGUGAUCUUGAGAAACUAAUAAAAAUUAUCAAGAUGAACUAAAAUAAAUAAUAUAAUAACAUUAUGAUCCUGAAAACUUUACACAAGUCAAAGUAUAGAUGCCCAAAGCUCCCCACCCAAUCCCUGUGCAGUUGAGGUUCUCCUAAAUGUAGGGUCCAAGGGAUUCUUCUGUCUGGUAUUGUGACUGUGGAUAUUAAAAUGCUUAACCAAUGUAGGCUCAAGGUACUUUGCAGCAAGGCCAUGAAGAAUUUAAAAUUAAUCUUUGAUAUAAUCUUCACUUAAAAUUAAUCUUGGAUAUAAUCUUGAAGUAAUAUUAUUUUAGAUGUAAAUUGUUAUGUUACAAACAAACAUCACGCGUUCAAAAUUCAUUCAAAAUUGCUAAAGUUAACUCUCACUUAAAGGGGCCAUGUCACAAGGAUAUUUCUGUUUUGGUUUAAUUUCCUGCUUGAGUCAUUACUUAGUGACUUGCACAAAAUGCUCGGCCAAUGGAUUCAUGGAGAAGAACUCAAACAAAUUUUAUCAGGGAGCACAGAUGACAAAAAACAGUUUCAACACCUUCUUUAACGACAAAAUUAGACCAUUAUUUUUGGAAUGCAAUUGAUGCGAGGACACUUUUUGGCUUUUUAGAAAAUAACAUAACACAGCUUCUUUAAGUUUCCUUGAGCAAACUAAGUAUUAAUAUUUGCAUUAUUGCUUGUAAAUUCUUUCAGUGCCACAAAAGGAUGAUAAGAAAUAUGCUAUUAAUGGUGAAGCUGUGGUCAAUGAUAAGUCACAUCCAGAGGAUACCAAGACAAAAGGUAGAACAUUCAUACAUACCAGUAUGUACACUGUUCAUUGGUAGCCAUUAUGACACCUGAAGGAGGAUCAUGAGGUUACCCCUAUAUUAAGAUCUCUCCCUACAGAUAACCCACCCAGCCCAGGAAAGGUUGACCAUAAACAGUGGUGUGGGUUCUUUUAUGUCCAAAAAAAAAAAACAGAUAUUAAGUGAAAGUGCUGUGAGAUGGGACCUACGUUUUCUGUCCUUGUCCGAGAAGACUAGAAAGUCUAGCCAUAGUUAGCAGAGAAGACUGGUUAGGAAACCCGGCAAACACCAAAGUUGAAAACAAUGGUGCUGUAGGUUAUGUUGGAAGCUCCCUGACCUUGCACAAUCCUUUGUUUUCUGUUGACAAAUUAUGACUGAAUAAAUUAAUGCAAUGUUUCUAUUGGUCAAUAACUUCAAAAUGAUAGGAGUGCUAUUGAACGUUGUGCACGGUCAGGAAAAGGGCAUCAUAUCUGUAUCAGAUGUUCGAUGUCUUAAGCUGCUCAUAUUUUAUCUAUCAUGUACAUUUUACAGCAUAACUAUAUCAUAUGCAACAAUGGGUAGCAAGUGAUAAGGGAAUUCGAACAGAGAACUUUCUGGCCUUGAUUAUUCAAAAACUGGAUAGUACUAUUCGGCGCAUAAGGGUCACAGAUAGUUAUUGUCUUAUCCGAUGGAUGAAGUCAUGCCCAGUGAAUAUUAGCUCUUUGUAAAAGAUGAACAUUUUUUGAAAUGGCACAUUCAGUACUUUGUGAAAAAAUCAGUCUUUGUUGUUACUUCCUUUUCUUGCAGUUGGAGAUGAGAAAGAAUUGAAAAAUAACUUGGAAAAGGAAUAGUUCAAAAGUAAGGAACAAGAACUUUGAAAAAAUGGUGGAUCUACAAUUACAUCGCCCUUCUGGAGAUCGCCAGGCCAAAAGUUAUUUAUUAAUAUAAAAAGAGAACUUAACAAAUUCUGUUGAAUCUGACGAAUAUGAUCAAGACUGUUUAUUUACACCACUAAAGGGUGUGGCCUUUUGGAGGCCGUGAUAAACAUUUGAGAAUCAAGCUCAGUUGCUAAUAAACGGAGCAUAAAUAAGUUAUUUAGUAUUUAAUAUGAGGAUUGUUGUUAGCACAAAAAGAUGCAAGCAUGAUUCUUGUAAGCCUGAGAAGAAAGACAAAAUGGAAAAUGCAUUUGGCAGGAAACGUAACUGCAUAAGAGAAGCUCUAAAGGGGAGAGAUAUGUCAAGCAUGUUGAACGAGAGUGUGGAACUC